AUGGGAUUGACGAUGGCCAUCACUCUGAUUGUGCAGAGUGCAUCGUGUCGCGCGCAAUGGCAACAGAUUUUGUUCUCACUAGUUGUAUGGGGUACCUUCGCUGGGGGCUUCGGCUCACUCCUCGACUCCCUGCUUGGUGCGACACUGCAACGUACCCGGUACGUGAAGACGACGAAGCGGAUCUGGACUGAAGAAGCUGGCGCACUGGACGCGAAGGCAGACGUGAAGGUUAUCAGCGGACUGGACAUGCUCACGAACAACCAGGUCAAUCUGCUUUCUUCGGUCGCUACUGCUGUCUUGCUCGGCUCCAUCGCAUGA